AUGGUGAUUCGGGGCCGGGACUUCCUCCAGGAAAGAGGACAGCUGUCUGCGCGGCUGUCUCCCUGGACCUGCCUGCCAGGUUGCACAGGCCUGGCUUGUGGGCACUUCUCGGCAGCUCUUCUGCCCAUGACUCUCCCACCUUCUUUGGAGAUGUGCCCAGGUCCACCCACCACAACCUCCCUGAGCUGCUUUCAGUUCCCACUUGCUUCUUCCAGUUUAUGUAGGUGGAGGGUUUCUUGCAACCUUGAGAAUUUUAUGCUUUUUUUUUUUUUUAAAGCUGUUUCCCCCCUAAAUAGGGAGAACUCUGGUAUUAGUGCUUUUUAA